UCAGGAUCAUGACGGGCAAGUUACAUUGUCCAGCGGUAUUCAACAAUGGACUGUGCCACACACUGGCGAAUACAGAAUUGAAGCAAUAGGAGCCUCAGGGGGGUACGGUGAGGACAGUAUCAUCAAGAACGGUGGAAGAGGGGCACGAAUGAUUGGAAACUUUAUUUUGACCAAAGAUGACAUCAUUCAUAUACUUGUUGGUCAAAAAGGGAAAAAAGGGAAGCAUAGCUUUAAAACUGCUGGAGGUGGUGGAGGUACAUUUGUUGUGAGACGAAACAACACGCCUUUAAUCAUAGCUGGAGGUGGAGGGGGAAUCAAAAAUAUGUCAGAACAACAUCCGGCAUGUGAUGCGUCCAUAAACACCACAGGGAAUGCAGGGAACAACUCGCCACUGGGAUCAGGUGGAAUAGAAGGACAAGGAGGACUUACUAAUGGUGUGAAUUCUGGUGGUGGUGGUGGUGGCUUCCAUAGUAAUGGACAUAAUGCAACGAGCUCUAGUAAAGGAGGGGGAAGAGGAGGUUCAGGAUAUCUUCAGGGGGGAGAGGGUGGAAAGUUUUCUGGUGGGUUCGGAGGUGGCGGUGGUUUACGUUCAUCGAACAAGGGACCGGGCGGUGGUGGUGGUUACACUGGGGGAAGUGGCGGGGUUAAAGAGGAUAUUUCCUGUGGGGGAGGGGGAGGAUCUUUUAACAAUGGAACAAAUCAACAAAAUGAAUGUUGCCGUAAUAGCGUCGGUCAUGGUUUGGUAAACAUUACAUUUCUCCAAUGAAGAGCCCAUAGCAACUCUUGUUAACGUGCACACAAAAAAGUUGUGGGUCAGUUCUUCAUAUUCUUGUGCAUUUAAAUCACCAUAUUUCCUCGAAUAAGCACCCGGGCUCUUAUUUAAAAGCGGGGGAGGGAGGGGGCGCUCACUAAGAAACUAUAUAUAAAUGGAAAUAAAUACAGGUUUUCCUCGUAUCCAAACUGUUUGACAAAGUGAGAAAAAAUGCUUGUU